AUGCCACAAGACGAAAGGCAAAUACCACCGAAUAAAGGUGAAGAGAAAGACCAUGAUAUAAAACAAGGCGGCGAAGAUACCGACGAAGAAGUCAGGACCGAACGAAUCAAGAAUUUACGUGUGACUCCGGCGACUCCGUCAGAACAACAUGCAGAAUUAUUACACUUUAUUGCAAAAAAAGAAUUCAAAGUAACCGAAUUGAGAGAGGAAUUAAAGAGACACGAGGAAGAAUUACGGUUAUUGAAAAAACAAUGGGAAACUAUAGUGUUAAAUGAGAGAAUGGCUGAUGCAGAAAGCAUCAGCAUUUCACGAAGAUCCUCGGUUUCAUCGGAAAAUGAGGAAGAUGAGAUUGACAAGUUGAUGAAUGGAUUGGGUAAAGGGAUUAAUAGUGUCAUCGAUGGUAUUCAAAAAGUGAAAGAUAGUGAUGCAACACACGAGAAAAUAACACAAAUUAAAAAUGUCGUAUCAGACGUGGCAAAUUCGACACCUGUUCAGCAAACAAAGCGCAAAACAGCCGACUUUACUUCGCAAGCCUGGUCAAAUAUCAGUAGGGGAUUCACUUCGCUGGUUGAAUCUGGAGCCAUUAAAGCGGCGAAAAGAAAAACCUUGCAAACUGUACAUAAUGUGGAAAGAUCAAUUAAUGAAGCAAUGUUAUCAACAAAAGCCACACGAACUUCAUCAACAUCAUCUCCCAAUCCUUCGACAAUUUCAAAAGAUUCAGUAGGCUCACAGACAAAUCAAACACAUCAAGAAAUUAGUAAAACCCUCACAAAAGAUGCCGAUACGGCUUCACUCGUUUUGCCCAUCUCACCCAUCUCGCCCCUUUCUCCCACUUUUACCGAUUUUUCUGCCACGGACAUUGCCAAUUCACCAACAACUUCAAUAUUCACUUUGCCUCCAUCCCCCACCACUCCGAUCACUCCAACCUUCGUCACUUUAUCUAAUACCCUGUCCACACCUCCUACCACUCCCAAUUCAUCCAAUUUUGAUGUCGUAUCAAAUGACAAUGCUAGUAAUAAUUGCAGUAAAGAAGAGUUUCUAAAUAACUCACUGGUUUAUGUUAUCGGUGAUGAAGGCGAUGG